AAUGCGGGAACUGGGAAGCUUAUGAAAUUAAAUAAGUAUUUUUAAACAAAAACAAAUGGUUAAAAAGCAAAUAAAAAUAUAUUAAGUUUUCGAUAUUAAUAAUGUCGGCUAUGCAAGAACGUUCUAUUACAACAGUUACAACAGCAGAUUGUGAUGAAUAUGAAGAUGCUGGGCCUCAAUCUCUGGAAAAAUUAGAGGGAAAUGGAAUAACAUCGGGGGAUAUAAAAAAACUUAAAGAGGCUGGUUAUUAUACUGUAGAAUCAAUAGCAUAUACACCAAAAAAAAGUUUAUUGGUCGUAAAAGGGAUAUCUGAAGCGAAAGCAGAUAAAAUUAUUUUAGAAGCCUCAAAACUUGUUCCUAUGGGUUUUACUACUGCUUCUGCACUGCAUCAAAAACGUUCUGAAAUUAUAACUCUAACAACAGGUUCAAAAGAAUUAGAUAAACUUUUAGGUGGUGGAUUGGAAACCGGAUCAAUAACUGAAAUAUUCGGUGAAUUUCGUACUGGAAAAACACAAUUAUGUCACACCUUAGCAGUCACAUGCCAGUUACCUAUUUCUCAAAACGGUGGCGAAGGCAAAUGUUUAUAUAUUGACACAGAAGGGACAUUUAGGCCCGAAAGACUAUUAGCCGUUGCAGAUCGUUAUAAGUUAUCGGGAGAAGAUGUUUUGGAUAACGUUGCAUAUGCUCGUGCAUAUAAUACUGAUCACCAAACUCAUUUGCUGACGUUAGCUUCUGCCAUGAUGAUUGAGUCGAGGUAUGCUCUUCUUAUAAUAGAUAGUGCAACUGCGUUGUAUAGAACGGAUUAUUGUGGGCGGGCUGAAUUAGCACCCCGGCAAAUGCAUUUAGCUAGAUUUUUAAGACUUUUAUUACGCUUGGCCGAUGAGUUUGGCGUGGCUGUUCUUAUAACCAAUCAAGUAGUGGCGUCCGUAGACAGCAUGCCAACAUUUGCUGCUGAUCCGAAAAAACCCAUUGGUGGUAACAUUAUUGCACAUGCUUCAACGACACGUUUAUACUUAAAAAAAGGAAGAGGAGAAACGCGAAUAUGCAAGAUUUACGACUCGCCGUGCUUGCCAGAAUCUGAAGCUUUAUUCACAAUCACGGGCGAGGGAAUAUCUGAUGUUCAAGAAUAG